AUGGUUCCAGGAACAGAAUGGAAUUGGAAUAGCUGGCGAAAUGUGAAGUUUCAGAAGGAUGGCACCUUUGAUGCUCCGACCAAUGACUGCCAAAGAGGUCAGUGCAAAUGGUCAGCCAACAAGGGCAAGGUCUUUGUGCUCUGGGGUCAAGCUGGACUUCACGAAUUGGAAAUCGUUGGGGAAACGCCCACCGAACAAAAUCAGCAGAAGAUGCAGGGCCUCCAAAUGAGGGGUAUUCGCGUCUCUGACGGCGAUAGAUGCUCGGCACUUUUCCAGAGAGUCUAUGACCAUGAAGCUGCUGAGCUGGACAAGGACCUCUAUGAGAUCCUAGGCCUUCAGGAUGAUGCUGAUGAAGCAGACAUCAAGAAGGUCUAUAGAAAGCUGUCCAUCAAGUAUCAUCCGGACAAAAAUCCGGAUGAAGAGUCCAAGAGGAAAUUUGCGGAAGUUCGGGAUGCGUACGAGAUCCUGAACGAUCCGGACAAAAAGAUCCUCUACGACACUGGUGGGAUGGAGGCCGUCAAAAAGGGGGAAAAGGGCGAAAUUGAGAAAGGUGAAGACGCAAGAGCCAAUCUGGCUGUGAGUCUCGAAGACCUCUACAAUGGCGGCGGUCGCCGAGCCGAGAUCCAGCGACGGAUCGUGUGCCGCGGCUGCCGAGUUAGGCCCGACAGCCCCAAGUGUCAGGGAUGCGGUCGUUGCCCCAAUGAAGUGAGGAUGGUAAAUCGUCAGGUGGGUCCUGGCAUGUUCAUGCAGCAACAGGAGGAAGUCCCCAGUAAAGAGAAGUGUAAACAGGAGAUGGCAGUGAUCGAUGCCCAGAUUGAAAAAGGCAUGCGGGACGGCGAGAGCCUCACCUUUCCACGGAUGACGGAUCAGAGGCCCGGCAUCAUCCCGGGUGCCAUGAUCUUGACGUUGAAGGUGGCCAAGCACGAGACCUUUGAACGUCGCGGCGAUGAUCUCCACAUGAACGCCAAGGUGACCCUCCGGGAGUCGCUACUGGGAUGGAGCAAAACCAUCCGGCAUAUGGAUGGCCACACCAUUGAGAUAGGCACUGAUAGCAUCACCAAGCCCUUCCAGGUGAUCAAGGUGAAGGGUGAGGGCAUGCCUUUCAGGGAUGAUCCGGCGAGUUUCGGAGAUCUCUAUGUGAAAGUGGAAGUCGUAUUCCCACGGACUCUCACCGGAGCGCAGCAGGACCAGAUCACCCAAAUCUUCACCGCUUAG